CGUUGAAUGCCGUAAAACAACAUUCAGAAUGGAUCAUCAAGUUUUUAUCUUCAUUGUUCUAUUAUUCAUUCUCACAUUUGACCAUUCUCAUUUUGUUGAAGCAUCUUUAAAGAAAAUAGUCCCAAGGGAGAAUGAUGCUUCUUUAAAUGGAAAAAAUAAGUUGGUUGCACCAGAAUCCAGCAUAUCCGUGAAGAUAAGCGGCAUGAUAGCUUCUUUGGACAACGGAUUGAUAAGCAUAACUUUCGGAAAUGACGGGACUGUUUCUUCGUUAUAUAAAAAUGGCAAGAAUCUAGUGAAAAAUGUAGCUCGAGGUGGAUCAUUUUAUCUUGACUGGCAUAAUGGCACUUAUCACCGAUUUGCUCCAUCUUCUCUUCAAGUGAUUAGAAAAUCAGCUAAGCGUGUCCACAUUAUGUAUUUGCAAGAUAGGCCUGGAAUGGUAACUUUAGAAUACCACUACAUAAUGGAACAAGGGCAGAGUGGCAUCUACACAUACGUACAUGCCGCAAACAAUGCCGAUGAUAAUAUAACUUUUAGCUUAUAUCGUACAGUCUAUCGAUUCGAUCCUACAGUUAUGGUUCAGGUCACUAAUGGUGUACAAGAAGGAACUAUACCAGAUGGAGGUGAGUUAAACGAUGCAAAUCGAGUUCAAGAUGCGACCUGGAAACUUUCCGAUGGCACUUAUUAUUCCAAGUAUGACUAUGCAGCAUACAUUAGAAAAACACCAUAUCAAGGGGUAUUUGGAAAUGGAAAUGGUGCUUGGUUGAUCUCUGCUAGCCGAGAUUAUCACUCAGGAGGUCCUCUCAAACAAGAUCUAACGGUUCAUGAAGCAGCUCUCAUUUUGAAUGUUUUGACAGCAGGGCACUUUGGUUCACCUUCUCUUACUGCGCCACUAGGAUGGUCAAAAUUAUAUGGACCCUGGCUGCUUUACUUCAAUGAAGGGACUGAUGAAGAACUAAAGGCUGAUACAAUUCGUCAGGCUGAAAAGGAACAGAGUCUUUGGCCAUAUGAGUGGAUGAAUGAAAAAGAAUAUCCACUAAAACGAGCCACACUGAAAGGUCGGGUGACUAGUCCUGUUCGAAGCAUGGUUGUACUUUCAUCUUCCUUGACAGAAGAGUUUGACCUACAAGUUCUUGGAUAUUCGUACUCGACUGAAACAGGCAGAAAUGGUGAUUUUAAUCUAGAAAAUAUCAGACCAGGAAAAUAUAAGUUAACGGCAUAUCCAAUAGAAGGAUAUGGAAUUGGUUUCCAGUCAGAGAAAUUCAUAACCAUCACUGAAGGAAAGAACAGAGCCUCCUUGGAGUUAUCCGUACCCACGGAAGUGAAGUGGUCCAUUGGAGAAACAAAUCGGCGAUCAGACUCAUAUCGUUAUAGUAAUGAAUCACGAAAUUAUCUUUGGCAUACUUUGCCGCCAGCGGAUUUGGAAUUUAAGAUCGGGAAAAGCGACAUCCAUACAGACUGGUAUUAUGCACAAACGAAACCGGGGACUUGGACUAUUAGGUAUAAGGAUUCUCCAAAUGGCAAAAGUAGAAUUUUAAGAAUCGGGAUAGCUGCAGGGAGUAACAGUGUACCCAGUCUUACUAAUGAUCCGGGAUUUCCGAUUUUAGCAGUAGGUGUAAAUGGUUGUCUAGUGAAAGAAUUUAGCCAAGAAAAUGGUGUAGCUGGAUAUGGCUGUCUAAUGAGAGAAUUUAAUUAUGAAAAUGAUCAUAGUGUUUAUCGAAGUGCUCCGCAAAGCGGAAACUUUCAUGUUGAAACGAUAAUAAUUCCGUCUAUUAUGGUACUCCAAGGUGAAAAUCUGAUAAAAUUAACACUUCGUCAAGGAAUGGUUAUGUAUGACAGUAUAAAUUUCUCAGAAAAAUAAAAAUUUUAAUGAUAUUUCAUUUUCUGCUAGGGAUGAAAUUUGGUGAUAGUUACAAUGUGAAUGCCACAUAAAUAAAUUUUGACAUUCCAUAA